AUGGAUAAACAUGGAGCUGAGGACCCUCCGCCACUACCCAGUCAACUUUUGUCGUCCGGUGCGCAGCAAUCCACUCUCCCAGCUUAUCGCGAGGUGUUGGGUGACUUUCUCCAGAAGGUGCCCUUCCAAACCUAUGCCUCCAAUUCUGGGGCUACGACAGAACCUUUGGCUCAUGAUGAAUUGGAAAAUCGUCACUAUUGGUGUGAGGCGCGGCAGGUUGAAAAGAGCCUUAAGAUUCAUCAUGUUGGAGAUAAAGUAUGGCGAAAUAAUAAAUAUGUUCACCAUGUUGUUUAUGUGGUGGAAACGUAUCUCCCAGACAACUGCCUCCCUGAAAAUGCGAGGCUCCGGCUGCGGAAACAGGAGGAGAAACAAAAGAGGAGGGAGAAUGAGAUGCAGCGAAAGGAACGUCUGAGCACAUUACACCCUCGACCAUCAUCACGCAAGUGA